GGACUGGACCGACUGGAACGUGAGAAUGUAAAUGUUUACUGAAAAGUAUGGUCUAAUCUUUCAUCUUUAGGGUGUGGGCGGCAACCAGUCUGCAGUCUCUUUCUCUAAAGCCUUACAUAAUAUAUGGCAUUCACUUACAACAAAUUGGCAUAAUUAUUAGACAGUUAAACGAGAAUCUACCAGUUGAUAUAAUGGAGGACUACACUAAACAAGUGAAGCAGUUUGUGGAAGAACACUCUACUGCAGUCGCAGUUGUUCUGGUUACAGGUGUCGGUCUCUUUGCACUGAAGAGAUGGAUGGGCGGCGGAGUCUGCCGAAGCAAAGCCCGCUUGGACGGCAAAAUUGUACUGAUCACUGGUGCCAACACUGGUAUUGGUAAAGAGACAGCGGUGGAUAUUGCCAAGAGAGGUGCAAGGUUGAUCCUUGCUUGCAGAGACAUGGGCAGAGCCAACAAGGCAGCAGAGGAGAUCAGGGAGAGGAGUGGAAAUGGCAACGUGGUUGUGAAGAAGUUGGAUCUGGCCUCCCUGCAGUCUGUCCGAGCUCUGGCCAAAGACGUACAUGAAACUGAGGAGAGAUUGGAUAUUCUGAUCAAUAAUGCUGGGAUAAUGAUGUGCCCAAAAUGGCAGACAGAAGAUGGCUUUGAGAUGCAGUUGGGUACGAACCACCUAGGUCAUUUCCUGCUCACCAAUUUACUUCUGGACUUGUUGAAGAAAUCAGCACCCAGUCGUGUUGUCAAUGUUUCUAGCCUGGCCCAUGAGACAGGCAAGAUUCAUUUUGAUGAUAUAAACCUGGACAAAAACUAUGAUCCAUACACAAGCUAUCUGCAGAGCAAGCUGGCUAAUGUUCUGUUUAACCAUGAACUAGCCGUCAGGUUGCAAGGCACAGGAGUGACAACUUACGCCCUUCAUCCUGGGGUGAUCCGUACUGAGCUGGGCCGGCACUUGUUGCCCUCUCUGCCUUUGUGGAAGAGGCUUCUGUUCAUACCCUUCAUUUUUCUGAUCAAAACACCUUGGCAGGGUGCACAGACCACCAUCUACUGCGCAGUGGAUGAGAGUCUACAGAAUUCUAGUGGUCUUUACUACAGUGACUGUGCACCCAAAGAGGCAGCUCCUCAGGGUAGGGAUGAUGCUGCAGCCCGCAGACUGUGGGACCUCAGUGCUUCCAUGGUGGGCCUGGCUUGAGACAACACCUUGCCCCAUGAACUACUGUCUUCACUUAAGAAGCGUGUCCCCUUUUUCCUCCACAACCUUGCAUUCCUAAAUUUUAGACCAUACUAAAUCUGCUUAACUUUAUAUGAACAACAAAGAGGCUCUUUGAAUAAGAAUGUGGAAAAGUAAUAAUGUUCGAUACGCAGGGUGAUAUAUCAGAGACAUUGGCUCUGUAAUGAAGUGCCUGUGCAACAUGAUAAACCGAAAUAUAAAUCACUAUUAGAAGCAUUAAAUGAUUUGACAUUUUAUAUACGUAUCAUAUUUCUUUGUCAUAUUCUGCAUAGCCGUACAAAUUUAACAAAAAUACAUUACAAAAGACAUUUGAUCUACGCAUCAAUGCAAUGUAAAAAUAUUUUGAUACAAUGCAUCAAAAUAUUAUUAUGUGUAAAGAUAACCAUUUCCAUGAAACCUAUUUUCGAAUCAUGAAAUAAAGACUGAAUUAUUA